AGCAGUGUUUUAAUUCCUCUGCUGCCUAGGAGGUUACUGUGCCAUGCUCGGUGUGCCUCCAGGUCUUCUGAGCCUUACUUACCCAUCCUUUCUAUGGGAAGUUCGGGCAGUAUGAUUUUGCUUGUUUUCUCCGUCUGCAGGAUGGAGCUGUGUGGAUGUGGGCAGACGUUGGGAGUAGCAGCAGAAGAGGUUUGCCAUUCGUGUUCUAACUGAUGGUUCUGAUGACCAGGUCAGGGCUAUUUUACAUGAUGAACACGUGACAGAGGGUAGGGGUCUAAACCCUGCCUUGCCAGGAGUUAAAGUUCCUCGUAAUUUUCGCUUGUUGGAAGAACUUGAAGAAGGACAAAAAGGAGUAGGCGAUGGUACGGUUAGCUGGGGCCUUGAAGAUGACGAAGACAUGACACUUACCAGGUGGACAGGCAUGAUUAUUGGGCCACCAAGGACAAAUUAUGAAAACAGAAUAUAUAGCCUGAAAGUAGAAUGUGGACCUAAAUACCCAGAAGCUCCUCCAUCAGUUAGAUUUGUAACCAAAAUUAAUAUGAAUGGAAUAAAUAAUUCCAGUGGAAUGGUGGACGCACGGAGCAUACCAGUGUUAGCAAAAUGGCAAAACUCAUAUAGCAUUAAAGUUGUACUUCAAGAGCUAAGACGUCUCAUGAUGUCCAAGGAAAAUAUGAAGCUUCCACAACCACCAGAAGGACAGACGUACAACAAUUAAUUCUUGUGGAUCUCAAACUUGUCUUAAAUCAGCAGCCUCUACUCAUGUUAAUGUCUUGAUCGAAUAUCACAAUGCAGAACACCCACACAUUAAGUCAGACAGUUCCAGCUGGCGACCACGACCUGGACGUUUGUAGGAAUGUAUCUAACAUGUGUACACCCGUUAUGUUUUCAGGCACAGGAGGAAGACACAGCACACUUUCUGUCUUGUUCAGGCUCUGUCAUUCAAGCGUAGGCCUGGAGCGCUCAGAGUAGGACUCAGGUGAGAGCCUGGCAGGCAGUGUCCAAGCUGUGGCAGCGCGUGCUUCUGAGAGUGGAGGUCUCGGGAAGGAGGACCCCAGGUGGCGUGCUUUGUCCAUCUUGCUUAGUGAGAAAGCUUCCGUUGAAACUGUCUGAAGUAGCAGGACAAUGAAUGUUGUCCCAGACUGUGUUAAGUUUUGAAGCGGUGUGGGUGCUGACUACUAGUAGUAUCAGAAAUAUGUUCAGGUUUGUUUUGAUACCUGUAUUUAUAAUAAAAACAUGUCGUGGGGGAGGUGGAUGAAUUUCUGUUACAAGCUGUUCCCCUGUGCUCCAUGUAACAGACGCGGUAAAUACUUGUUUACAGUCUUUGUCGGGCGAACCAUGCAUUUGCGUUUAAGUAAAAUCAACGAAAAGGAAAUAAGUGUAUGGAUAUGUGAUUCUGAGAUUACAGUUAGUCUUAAAUUGUAAAUAAAAUGUGGAACGUGUCAUCAGAAA